AGUCAGUUCCUUCUUCCCAUGAGUUUCUAUCUAGAAAUCCCAAGGUGUAUAGAGUAUAGCAGUAUGCGAAGCUAGAUUUUUCAUUUUCGGCCCUUCUAUUUGUUCCUUAGUUAUUUUGAGAACAAACGUAGGCUACGAAAGAAAUAGAAAACCAACAGUUUUUUUGGACGUUUUCAGUUUCACAGUGAUUAACGACUAAAACGAGCCCACAAUCAUGAAUUCCUUCGGAAACUUAGGCGAGCAAAGCGACAACCCCUACGCAUCCGGGGCGUUCAACCAAGGCGGAGGAUCCGCCGUGAAUUUUAACCCCUACGCAGCCGCGCAACAGGUUUCUUGUAGCACAUUUUGUGCGAUGUUGAUGUAAAAGUAAAAGAAGUAAAUGUAUGUCGUUUCGGUUUGCAAAGAUUCAUUUAGUUGUUCCCAGGAGAUUUAUUGCGUUCGAAGUUCAAGUUUGAACCAGAACUGAAGAAAAACAUCAAAACAGCAAGUGCAGCCACCGGGAGCAGCACCGACGCCACAGCAAGUGCAGGCUCCGCAGCAAGGCAACAUGCAGCAGCAAAGCUUCGGGCAAAUGCCGCAAACACCAGGCGCGAUGGGAAUGCAGCAGCAAACUGGGAUGCAGAUGCAGCAGCAACCAGGAAUGCAGAUGCAGCAGCCAGGAGGUGGAAACAUGCAGAUACAGCAGCCAGGUGGCAAUAUGCAGAUGCAACAGCCUGGAGGUAGCAUCCAAAUGCAACAGCCAGGUAUGCAACCGAUGGGUGGAAAUAUGAUGCCGAUGCAGGGUGGUGGAGCCCCGAUGCAGCCCCCUCAGCAAGGAAUGCAGAUGCAACAGCAGCCUGGAACUAACUUCCAGAGUCCCAAUAACGGCAUGCCGAUGCAGCCACAGGGUGGUAACUUCAUGCCGCAUCAGCACCCGAUGGGCGGGAAUAAUAUGCCGCCGCAACAACCCGGCAUUCCGAUGCAGCAACCGGGCCAACCUCAAGGUGCCAUGCAGAUGCAGCAACAGCAGCAGCCGAAUCCACAAAUGAUGCAACAACAGAUGCAGCAACAACCUGGAGCGAUGCAGAUGCAGCAGCAGCAACCGGUUGCUGGAAUGCAGCAAGGAAUUACGUAUGAUCCUGCUUUCUGCUGCUUUCCUCGAAUUAAGCCUCGAGCUAAGAUUUUUUUUUAACGAGUCGCUCGGGUGUCUGUUAGUUUGCUGAGAUCGUUCUCUCUGUUCAUGUUGUAGCAGGAUCAUGUAUGUUAACAGCGAAAUGCGUUUUCAAUUUUUUUCGCACUCUUCACAUCAGCACCGGCAACGCGGCUGCGUCCUCGUCCCGAGGCCCGAUUCAGCGGAUUGGUGCUGCUGACACCGGUAAUCGCCCCAAGGGCUAUAUGCCGAUCCGAGACCUCUCGUGCUACGCUGGGGGGUUCAAGAUUUUUGCCCGGGUAAUCAGCAAAAGCGAAAUGCGGAAAUUCACGAAUCAGCGAGGCGAGGGGCAGCUGUACGAAAGAUUUUUGUUUUCAAGUUUUGCGGCUUUGCUCAUGCUCCGUUUGCUUGCUAGAACUAGGUAGAAAAGAGAUAGCCAGCUGUAGCGCGCUGCACUCUCAUGCUUGAAGUUGAAAAAUGGAGGUGACAUCAACAUCAAGAGAUAGAUCCAUUCUUUGGUGACGGCGAUCAGCAUGCAUAUAGCAUCUGCAGAGCACGACUUGAUGAGCUUGUUUGAAAAAGAAAUAUCAAAUCGAAAGUGAGGAGUAAUCAAUUACAAUUCCGCUGCAGGUUCAACGUUGAGCUGAUGGAUGAACACCUCAGCGAGAUAAGCGGCACCUUUUUCGGCAACGAAGCGCAGAAGUUUUUCCAAAUUCUGCAAGAAGGCAGCUGCUACAUCUUUCACAAAGGAGAGGUGAAGAACGCCAACAAGAGAUACCGCCCGAACGCAGAGUAUCAGCGUGCUUUUUUCUGUCCUGUAGUCAUUGAGUUCCAGUUUGUUGUUUGCCAGUGCCCUGUGUAUGUGAUCUGGCAGCGUAAGAUUACGAAACAUGUCGCACCAGCGGGCUCUACAUCCUCUCGUGACAUCCCGUCUUUCUAGCUCUGGUUCGAGAAUGUCAGAGAGCAUGCAAGAUUGCAUUUGUCAUAUGCAAAAACAGAACUCAAAUAAAGAAGAAGAAGCCCAUCACACAUUAAUCGAAAUCCCGAACAGGUUCGAGAUUACCUUCAACAAGAGCACGCAGAUUACGCCAGUUCCGGAAGCCGACUGCGGCGCCAUUCCAGACGGCAACUGGAACUUCGUCAAAAUCAGCACGGUCGAGACAACGGAGAAAGGCAAGAAGGUUGACAUUUGCGCCAUCGUGCACGAGAUUGGCGAUACGGCGAUGGUCAACACGAAAAAUGGGGAAAGCGCCAAGGUGGAAUUCCAGCUGGUUGACCAGUCUGGGUGCAGCAUCGGUCUUACUGUUUGGGGCCAGAAAGGUGAAAAACUAAAGGCGUCGACGCCGCAAGUGGGAGUCGUCUGGUACGUGAAGGGCGCGCAGGUAGGGGACUUUCAAGGCCGCACCUUGAGCGGCGGCCAGGUUACGGAGCCUCUCCCUUCGGAUCAGCGCGUGCAAGAGAUCCUGACCUGGUACAACAACAACCCGUAUCAAAUGCAAAAAUGUCUGGGUCUGGAAACUUGUGAUGCUGGGUGGCGUCUCAUGAUGAGGCUACAAAUGCUGGCGCAGCAUGACAAGUUUCUGAGCUCCUAGGUGUUGCCUAUUCUGCAAGACAAACUGCGCUUCUGCAUCACAGAGAAACGGAGCUCUUGGGUAACGUGCAUGACAGAUUUAAGAGUCAUGUCAGACAAGCAUGACAAACAUGAAUUCUUCCAGACCCAGACAUUUUUGCAUUUGAUAACCCGCAACUGGUCAACCAGGCGCGAAGGCUCGGCGGGCAGCGCUCCAACGGGGCAAAGGGUCGCGGGAGUCAAACGAUUCGGGAAAUCCUGGCGGAACAGCACAAGCUGCUGGACCCACAACCCACCGCAGACGGCGGCGAGCCGCCCAGGGUAAGCUGCAGUAGCGCUCUUGUUUGUGGUGGUGCCCUUUGGGUUGAUAUUGAUCAUGCCACGGCUAGUACUUUAAAACGAUAUUCUUUUUCUUUGUCAUGCUUGCAGGUCCAGGUCGUGAGAGUCAAAGUCUCAUGGUCUCUAAUGUUGGCAUUAUCGUCAGGUGCUUUGGCAUAACCUGGAAUGCGUGGAAAUCGCGUCGAUCGCACACAGCAAGGAACCCUACUACCUGGCGUGCCCGGAAAAGGUCGAGCGCCCAGUCUAUGGCGAUCCGACAAAAACAAAAAUUAGCGAGUGCCGCAAGAAACUGGACAAGGUCGGGUUCGGUGACAACCCGGACUACUGGGUAUGCGCGGAUGGGCACAAAACUCUGAACGUAUUCUUAAGCUACAGCUUUUUGCUUUUAUUUAUAGGAGAAGCACGUCGCUUUUCUUUCAUGCUUGUUUUCGCUUACUUCGUUCGCAUCUUGUUGCACACGCAUAGAGAGGCGUCUGAUUAGGUAAGAAGUAGCUCCCUUUUUGUUCCAGCAACAGACUCACACUGAUGCACACGAGCGCGAUUUCAAAUCAAAAACGAAGCUUCACUCAAUGUCUACUUCUGCACGACAGCCCGACCCACGAUACAUCAUCCGGAUGCAUUUGACGGACGAGUCCGGGUCCACCGUGGCGACGGCGUUUGACGAUAUUGGGGGAACCCUGCUGGCGGAUCGACAAAACAUUUUGCAAGCCUGGCAGCCGUUGGUUGACCAGCACGGCAACCAGCAGGUAAACCAGUUCGGUCAGGCAAUGUACCACGAUGAGGAGACCGGCGUACCGCUCACGGCUGGGGAGAUGCAGGAAAAGCCGCUGCCGGCACGGACGCUGUGGAAGAAGUGGCAGAGCAAGGAGACGAACGCGCAGGACGGUCAGCAGAUCGAGAAUCUGUUCAACGACAAGUUUUUCACACGCUGGAAGAUGGUACUGAUGUGCGAAAAGGAGACCUACAACGACGACACCCGCUGCAAGUACAAGAUCUUCAAGGCUGAGCAGUUGCUUGGGGACAAGGAAAAGGCGCGGAAGGAAGAAAUCUUGACAACGAGCGCGGAGGCGAAAGCCUUUCCCUACGACAAGCGGCUCAAUGAGAUUAUGGGUCGAGUAACCGGGCUCCUAACGGUGACGCAGCAAAUGCAGCAAAUGCAAAUGGGCGGCGCGGUAGCGACGUAGUGAGUAUGAAUGAGGCUUGCUGCUUGAUGAGCUAGCAGGGUGGUCGUGCGAGACGAGUCAAGGUCAAGCUUAAAAUUGAAUCAUCAAUACACUUACGACAUUUUGUUCAUGUCGAUUGUCCUCACCUAUUCUGAAACGUGGAGCAGGAAGUGCAAAAGCUUUCUACCCAACUACACACUGUCCGCAUUGAUUCUGCUCGGAAAAGUUCGGCUUCGGCUAACAAUGAAUGGCACCCGACGACUUCUGUAGCUGCCUAGAAGGUCCCCUGACGCCAUUGAUCCUCCGCAGGUCCUAUAGUACUUAACUCGAUUAUGCGGCCAAAAACAGAGCUGUUUUGUCACGACGCUUAUUCGUAAUCUAUCAACUCCAGCCACUUCUAAGGAGAGUAUCGAACUGAACUGCGACCCUUGAUGAAAUAAACAAAGCUGAAGGUAGAAUUCAGUCGGUCACCGCAGACAAACUAAUUCUUUCGCGAGAUAUGACGCGACGCG